AUGAACGAGGCCGUCAGCCAGCAGCCGGUAUGCUCUAUCAUCAAAAGCCUCAACAGUUUUGGACAGGAAAAUAUUGACAUUGAACAGCAAGGUCCUGAGGGUAUGAGCCAAGUCCACAUGCGUGGUGGCGGUGAGGAGGGGGAUGUCUGCUGCGGCAUCUGCGCCGGUCUCUGCUGCUUCGAGUGCUGUGAGUGCUGCUGCUAG